AUGCCUGCCGAGCUGGAAAGCCUUCGAACAAGGCAGAUUGGUAUGUUACGAAAUUCUGAUCACCUGAAAAGUCCUGAAAUUACAGUCGCUUUGCGGACGAUGAUCAAUCUGAAUGAGUCGGUUGUGAAUUCAGGGGUUAAGGAGCCCGUAAGUAGAUAUAACUUUAAAAAUACAGAAAAGUAUCGAUUUUGUGCAGAUUUGGAAGAUUUUGAUUCUCGACAAAGCUGGACAGGAUAUCAUUUCGCCGUUGCUCCCCGUCAAACAGCUGAGAGAUCUCGGAGUGACACUUCAUCUGUACGUCGGUGUAAUUCUAUUCGAACGCAUUUAAAAAUCAUUUUCCAGUCUCAUUGGAGCUCGUCGAGAGCCGCUCACCGAUGUCCCGGCAGUGUACUUCGUCUCGCCCACCGAUGAAAACAUUGACUUGAUGAGUGAAGACCUGAAAAAAGCGAUGUACGAUUCGUUCUACUGCAACUUUAUCUCUCCGCUCGCCCGGCCUCGGCUGGAAUCUCUUGCUUCAGCAGCAGUCCAUGGAGGAGCUGUUGCUCAGGUUCAGAAGGUCAGAAACUUUUUACCUUCAUAUUUAUUUCUCAGUUCAUUCGUUCUAGGUGGUCGACCAAUAUCUCAAUUUCAUUUCACUGGAAGACGAUCUGUUCGUUCUCCGUCGUUACAAUGAGAACAGUUCGUUAUCCUAUUUCGCAAUGAAUGCACCUGGAAUCACUGACCUUGCCGUCAAUUCGAUGCUGGAAUCCAUUGCCGACGGCCUUUUCGCUGUUUGUGCGACGAUGGGAAUUGUCCCGAUAAUCAGGUGCCCAAAGGGAAAUGCUGCAGAAAUGGUGGCGAAGGUGGGAUUGUUAUAAAUUAAGUAGAAUAAAGUGUGUCUGUAUUCAGAAAUUGGAUCAGAAGCUGCGUGACAAUCUCCGGGAUUCUCGCAACAAUUUAUUCACGAUGGAUGGAGUGCGAAUGGGCCUGCUUCAGACGACUCGCCCCCUUCUCGUCAUCGGAGAUCGUGGUGCUGAUCUGGCUACGAUGCUCCACCACACGUGGACUUAUCAAGCAUUGAUGCACGAUGUUCUGGAGCUUGACCAGAAUCGCGUUACAAUCAAUAGCGCAACAGGCGGAAAGAAGAAGGAGUACGAUAUGGGAACGGGCGGAACAGAUAAACUGUGGAACAACCACAAAGGAAGUGCGUUCCCGGCUGUAGCAGAAGCUGUUCAGGAAGAUCUGGAUGCCUACAGAAGCAGCGAAGAAGAGAUAAAGAGACUGAAGCAAGCGAUGGUACUUAAAAAAUAUAUGCUGUCUUCAUUCUGUUUUUUAGGGAAUGAGCGGAGAAAGCGAUGCUGCCGACGAGGCGAUGACCUCGCUUCUUGCGGACACAACUGCCAAACUGGGAUCAACUGUGACGAGUCUCCCUCAGUUGCUCGAAGCAAAACGACUGAUUGAUCUCCACACAAACGUCGCCACGACAUUGCUGGACGUCAUAAAGGAGAGAAAACUUGACGUUCUUUUCGAGCUGGAGCAGAAACUUCUGCAACAUUCGCAGCUUGGUAAGAUUUUUCCGCAAUUGUGACCAGCUUACCAUCAUCUUUUCAGAUCAGCCCGUAACACAGUUUCUGAGCAAUAUCAGUAAUCAAGAAGACGUCCUCCGUGUCCUCAUUAUCGCCUUUUUGUGCCAAGAGACUGUCAGCCAAAACAGCUACGAUCAGAUGAUGAGUCUGUUGAGAGAACGAGGAAUCGAAGAAUCCGCUCUGAAACACGUACAGAAGCUGAAGUCGAUCUCUCAGUUGGGAUCGCGAGCUGCCAACUCGGCACACACAGAAGAGCACCAGGGAGCGGGCACCAAAACAAUCAGCAUGUUCGGAAAACUGCUGAGUCACAGUUCGAAGUUUGUGAUGGAAGGAGUGAAGAAUCUGGUGCCGAAGGAGCACAAUUUGCCGCUCACCAAGAUGAUCGAUGCUCUGAACACUCCGCCUUCGUCCGCAGGAAUCUCGUCGGCGGUCGGAAUCAAUCAGAUGAUCGGAGGGUCUUCGCAAGCUCCGGAUGUCGAUGAGACUUUCUGCUUUUUUGAUCCGAAACUCAUGCAUCAACCGACCAAAGAGUGUGUUUACAAAAGAUGACUCUUUUUUCAUUGAAAGAUUCAUUUCAGAACGAUUAUUAUGGCCCGUCAGCAGCCUGCUCAAGACCUCAUUCUGUUCGUUGUUGGUGGUGGAAACUACGUGGAAUAUCAAAACCUCGUGGAUUACGGUAUCAGUUUCCUUCUAACAUCCCCUUUCAAACCUUUCGCAUUCCAGGAAAACGGAAAAACCUGGUGCGAGUGACUUACGGAUGCACAGAGCUCGUAAAUCCGACUCAAUUCUGCGACCAGGUUCGUCCCUUUCUAUCUUUUUUCAUAAAAAAAAACCUUUUGCCCUUGUUGUCGCGACGCGCCCCGCGAUUCUUCCUUUUUUCUGUUGGCUUCGAACUGGCUUGAUUUGAUUUUCGACUUGCUCUGUCUUCUCUCUCUCUGCUCUUCUCUAUGCAGUUUGCAUUCGAAUUCGUGUGCUCUUUCGCCUCGUCCAUAACCGAUGCGAAUCGAAUUAGAAAAGCGCGUUGCGCCCGCCAGGACGAACAAAAUAUGAGCAAGAAUCGUCAACACACGGCAUACAAUCCGCCUGACUUGUGACUCUUUUCGGUUCGAAUUUCGGAAAACAUUCCGUUGUAAUUCGUCUUUGUCUGAUUCGAAAACGCUUCUGUUUUGCAGUGACGUGUAGCUCAAAGUUAUUUGAGCCCCAAUAGUUUCUGUGCAAAUUCGAGCUUCCGUUCGCUCGUCACCCACUAGCAUUUCCAUAACUGAAUUGACUCUAUGACCUGUGACCUCGUUGAUAAAAGUCGUCCUUCCUUCCACUCCUCCUCUUCCAUUCACUCCCUUUCUUUCUCCGCUCCGCUCUUUUUUGCCCUCACGACACACCUCCGUGAAUCAGAGUCCGUUCCUUGAGACUGACCCUCUGUGGAAUACUCGGCCAUUCUCGUUUACACUCUUCGCUUCGCCACGUUUAGAGUUUGAUAGAUGGAAGAAUAGUCCGACGAGCCAUCUUCCACUGUUUCUGACCGCGUUUGGUUGUUCGACGGAUGCCCCGCCUCUCCGAAACAGCAACAAUCCUUCUCUUUUUGUGAGACGAUGUCGUUUUCGUCAGAAGUCAAAUCAAAUUGAGCUACUCUCAUGUCGGGUGAACGGCCCGUGUUGCGUUUUCCUUUUCCCCUUCAUAUCUUGUUUGCUCUCGUGUUGGAGUCCUUUUCCCGCGCGGAAGGACGUCCGCCCUGGAGUUCCCUGGAGACGCGGAGCGAUGACAGUUGACGAGCAUUCCUUCCGAUUUGUCGCCUGAUUCCAAAGCAUUCCACAUCUGUUUUUCAAACGUGAAAACGCACCAACUAGACAUCAAACGGAGAAAGUAUUCACCAGAAGUUAUUUUCUCAAUAAUUGCCAUCUCAUAAAAAACACUCGUGAAGGAAACCAUUUGGUUGCCAGUUUCCAUGGUACCCUUUUUAUUCGAUGGCCUUCAGAAUGAUUUCCUUCAAUUUCGAUCUUCUCAACAAAAACGUCGACAACAAAACUGAGAGACGCAAGCGGAUGAACAAUUAUGUUUUUGCACAUAUCUCCAAUUAAGUUGAAUAUAACAAUUUUCACACGCUGAGAUUCGUUGGUGUCGGAAACCGGAAGCGGAUGACACAGCUGCAACCUCUGCAGUUGGAGCAACUUUGACGGAAGAAAAGAAGCGAAUGAACAAAUCACAUAAGCUUGUUGUUCUUAUGAGCAAAGAGUUGGACGUAGUUCGCAAUGCUCCUCUUUCUCCGUCUGUCCGUCCGCGUUGUGUCAUGUCCGUCCGGACACGUCAUCCAUCAGCGUCGGACGACGUGUUAGCAGGCAGAGUGGGCGCCACGCCUCUGGGGACGCCGACCAUAAUCCAGUGAGUCUCGAAUGGAAGGAGCAGCAUGACGAACAUUUGCGGACAAAACACAUCCGUCUUUGUGUCGCCGACAACCCUGCUCCUCGGCCCGCAUUCUUCGAGUUCUUCCGUUCAAUUCGGGUUAUGGACUUCUUCUCAAUGCCUUCUCCAACACCGUCAUUUCAAGCUGUCGUCAAUAGAUUCUGUCAUCGUUCUCUCGCUUUCUCAUUUGGCGGACUGAAAAUGAGAUCUAACCAACUCGUUUCGGUUUAAUAUUUUAUUCAUUGAUGAGCAGGAAAUGACUGCCACCGCUCCGUGCUUCUCUUCGGUUUGAGAGAGAGAGAGAGUACCCGCUUGUUCUCUACUCGUCGUCGAUAAGUGUUUUUCGUUCCACUUUCUGGCCGACUCCCCGUUCAUUCAUCUGACUCCCCGUUCAUUCAUUUCCUCCAGUCCGUAUGUCCGUGUUUCUGCAACAUUUCCUCUAUCUUUCUUUCUUCCUUUUCACUUUUUUAACCGGAUUAAUCUAUUCAGUUUUUGUGAGUUCCCAAUGCCGCAGGCCUUUGUGAACGUGACGUUCUCAAUCGAGAAAGAGUUCGCGAGGAGCGAUACAAUACUUUUGAAAUCACCGUAUAAUUACGGUAGUCUGACCGCCCAGAAUUUCAAUUCCGUUCAUUUCUUCCUUAGAAAAUCCCUGAAUGUCAUGUAAUUUUAUGACGUGGCAGUUCUCCCACACGACUACUAUGUCUCUUCAAAUCAGUGUCAGAGCAUUCUCUCUGCCGUCAGAAAAGGUAAACUACGGGUCUUUGACAUAAUUGCGAAUCCAGCUCGAGGCACCCUCUCCACAGUAUUCUGCAAGUGCAAUUAGUGAGUUGCAGAAGCGUUCCGACCUCCCGCACUUCCUUCCGCUUUUCUUCCGACUUCUUCCGCCGAUGACGUGCAUCCUCGUCAUCAUCAUCUUCUUUCCAUUUUCUUCUUUCUUUCUUCAUUUGUUCUCCGCGGGGCGACGCGCUUUGUAAGUGUGAAAAGGAUUUUGUGGAUUCUGUGGCGGUGGCGGAAAAAAGGAUAGAAGGAGAAGGAAAGUAGUUUCUGAACGACCCGACCCGAAGAAACCGCCACCCUGGGUCCGAUGCGCGAAGAAAAAGAAGAAGAGACACUUCUCCGUUUUCUACUUCUUCGUACUUUGUUUGAAGAAUAGGCGGACGGCGCUGAGUAAGAGAGAAGAGAAAAACUCGAAAAAUAGUCGGAGAUGGACCACUCGAGAAGACCUUCCUCCGUGCUUAUCACGUGAUGCUCAUUGUCUCCCGCCGCGGUCGCGGCCGCCCAUCUCACGACUACUAUUGCCGCUCUGAAAUUGUUUUUAUUAGUUAGACACGGGGGGAGCAACAAACGAAUGAGAUUGGGAUGUGCUUGAUUACUGAUUUGACUGGAAAAAAAUGGCGGAAAACAAAGCAGAACGAUAGUCUUGAUGAGCCAAUUCUGUUUGUUGAUUUUUGGAGAUUCUUUCGACAAUUACAUGUAAUGAGAAUUUUCGGAAGAAGUCAGUUCUGCUACUCGUAAUCCGCUUCCUUGUUGGAGUCGAUCUGAUCAACACACAUACAAUUAAACAAGGCGCUGACAUUUGCAUAUUCGCCGCUCUCGCUUGCCUCUCCAGAGAUCCACAAAAAGGAAAGGGGCGCGAAAAUGCAUUUGGCAGAUUAGUCGAUUAGGAUUUGCACGGACUCUUCCAACACGAUGGAACCUUGUCGUUUUAUGGACCUCGAUGUCCUUGUUCUGCCGGUCCAUUCCAAUAUUGUGAGUGCAACGGGAGCUUUGCUCCCCCUCCGGUAAUUGGGAUUCGCGUGAUGCCAACGCGCGUCACCAAUUCAUUUCCGAACCACCAAAAAAUCUUAGAGAUCAUUCAAGAGUAGAUCGGAGGGACCAAUUUUCAUGCGCACUAUCGUUUUUUUCGCGUGAUUCUUCCGCGGCGAAGACAGCAACAACGAGAUGUCUAAUGACAUCGCACGUCAUUUCGGAUACGUCUCUUCCGAUCUAUGACAGCCGCACGUCGAUUCGUUUUGCCGCCGAUUCAAGGAGACGUGGCAACGACUUCGUGUUCUGGCAGCAGUCAGCUCAACUCAAAAAUUUAAUGACUCGUGAACGAGAGUUGUGAAGCACCGCCGCAGGGCAAAUCGCUGGGAACAUGACGGCUUUAGUCUAUUCAGAGAAACCAUUCUGCGGUGCCUGCUGUUUUCGGAUUCCAAAUCUCCAGGAGAGGUGCUUCUCGAGUGGUUUGAACUGUGGUUCUUUGCUGGCAAGUGAUAGUGGAAGAGCGUGGGUAAGAGUGAAAGCGUGGUCGGCUACCGUAGUUCAAGAGUCAGACAGGAAACAAGAAGCACGUGCUUCCCUUUCGGUUGUUUGCCUAUUUUCCUUCGCAGAGUUUAUUCCACUUUACUCAUCAUCGUCGUAGUGCCUGAAUCGCUCAGUGCGGAGCAUUGCUCGCCGCCGGGCCACAUACACUUGCACAAUCUGUCCUUCGCCUCACCCGCCCGGUUGUGCCCAUCUUCUUCUUCUUCUUCUUCUUCCUCUCCUCCUUCACUCGUUGAGCUUCUUCUUAUUCGUCUUUGCCUGCUUUUCGCCUAGUUUUCUUCUUCGACGGACCUGGUGCUUAUGAAGUACGCUCGCCUCGAGAUGGUCUCUUCUUCUCCGUCUUUUUUUGGUGAAGAAGUCUUCUUGUGAAGAGUGCUGACUAUUCGAAUGCGGAAGUGCGAGCCGCUCGGCUGGAAAAAGCGGUUAUGCUUUAAACAUUUCAAAAACCAUCCACCAUCUACAUUUCGGGUCAUUUCCUUUUCGGGAAGAGUUCAAACUCCAUCUUUGUGCUCUGAUGUUUAGUUAUUGUCGAAUAAAUAUUUUUUGACGGGAGUCUUCCGAUUGCCCUCCACGUCUGUACCCAUCCGUCUGUGAUUCUGCUUCGUCGCCUCUCAUCACACAUUCGUAAAGGGUGUCCAUUCCUUUUUUAGCAUCCACCAACCCACUCCAGCUUCUUCUUCUUCCUUCUCUUUUAUUCUUUCCAGUAAUGUUUUUGAGUUGUCGCCUCCGAACAAAGAACAUGCCUCAGUUGGCUAUUCCCCAGUGCUCGAGAAUUUCUUGACAAUUUGAAUAAUUAUGCACGUUUUUCAGCUCACUCGACUUGGACGCGCUUCGGAUUAA